CUGACUUCAGUCAUUUCGAAGUUCACAAGGAGAAAGGAGCGUCCCUCCACGGACGCGCGUGCUGCUGUACUAUUGUCCGGUGCGUGCAGAUGGUUCUCGGGUUUGAUGGCUUCAGGGAAAUGGAAUUUCAAAAUUUAAAGCUUAGUUCGGUGAUUCGGGACUUACUAAAUAAGCUUUCAAUGUAAUAUUCGACACGUCUGCUGCAGACCUCUGACUUCCCAACAACCCGAAGAGGUGCCAAAGAAGUGCGGGCGGACAAACAAGCAGUGCGCGUUUUUCCCUCUGUCUCUCUGAGUCAAGUAUUUGGAUUUGACAAAUCAAAAUAUUUAAGCCAUUUUCAUAGCUGGUUGGUUUUACUUUUAAAUCUUGGGAUAUUAGAUUUUUCUUCUCAAUAAAACACUCUUAGUCACUUACGUGGGAUUACGAGCUCUCAUCAAUGAAGUCCGGUAUCAGUUUUAAACAGAUGUUUCUCUUUUAGAAGAACAAGCAGGUGACCGACGAAUUUAAAAUGACACAUUUGGUUGUUUUUAUUCUGUCAUUAUCAACGUGUCUGUCUGUGGUGAAUGGAAGACAUCCAACAUGUAACUUCCUCCUGGAGCUUGAAACAGACCAGGAAGAAUGUCUUGUGAAGCUGAGGGACCAAGAAUCUUCAAAUUACUCCAAAGGAGUGGGAUGCAAAGCAAUCUGGGAUAACAUAGCAUGUUGGGACCGUGCAGAGGUUGGAGAGACUGUCACUAGAGAGUGCCCCAGAGUGCUCAAGAUGUUUUUUGGCAGAAAUGGAAACAUAAACAAGAACUGUACAGCGGACGGAUGGUCUGAUGUUUUCCCCAACAUCAGCAGUGUGUGUGGGGCAGAAGAAAAGGAUGAUAGGCUUGUCUUCUUUACGGUGGUGAAGACGCUGUAUACGCUGGGCCACAGUUUGUCUUUGAUCGCCCUCACAACCGGGAGCGCCAUCCUCUGUCUAUUCAGAAAACUCCACUGCACGCGGAACUACAUUCACCUCAACCUCUUCUUUUCCUUCAUCCUGAGAGCGGUGGCAGUCCUUGUGAAGGACGACAUCCUCUUCUCUCGCAAUCAGUGCUCUGAGCAACCUUCACUGAUUGGAUGCAAGGCAAGCCUGGUGAUUUUUCAAUACUUUAUCAUGGCCAACUUCUUCUGGUUGCUGGUCGAGGGCCUCUACCUCCAUACGCUCCUGAUUGUCAUCUUCUCUGAAAAUAGACACUUCAUCGUUUAUCUUCUCAUCGGCUGGGGAUUCCCAACCGUGUUUGUUUCUGCAUGGGCUAUAACAAGGGUUUAUUUUGAGGAUACUGGAUGCUGGGAACAGAAUGAUAACCCAAUCCCCAAGUGGGUGAUCAAUGUACCCAUAGGCUUCUCCAUCAUGGUGAACUUCCUCCUGUUCAUCAGUAUUAUAAGGAUUCUGGUUCAGAAGCUGAGGUGUCCUGAUGUGGGUGGCAACGACCAGUCACAAUACAGGAGGUUGGCCAAAUCCACUCUCCUGCUGAUCCCCCUGUUUGGCAUCCAUUACGUUGUCUUUGUGUCUCUCAAUGAAUCCAUGGAAAAUUAUAAAAUCUUCUUUGACCUUGCUAUCGGAUCCUUUCAGGGCCUGGUGGUUGCCAUCCUGUACUGUUUCUUAAACAGUGAGGUUCAAGGGGAACUCAAGAGAAAAUGGCGGAGUAUGUGCCUCAACUGCCAUAUGGCCAGAAACUACACCCAGCACAACACCUACGCCUCCAAAAACGGCUCAGAGAACAUGGCUCAGUUCCAACGUAAUUCUCGUGCUCAGUCCUUCCUGCAGUCAGAGACCACUGUAGUGUGAGGGCUGCGUGUCAAGAGGGAUCGGUCUCCAUUAAAACACUCUGGAACUCUGGUAUUGGCCUAAAUACACACUACAGCACACACAGCCUACAGUUGUGGGCACUAAAAAGUUAGCUUGGACCACGGUAUUGGCAGAACAAUUGGCACAGUGGCACGCUAGGAUAUUCUAAUGAGUUUGUUACUAAAACCCAGACACCGGUACAGGGUUUGAAAAAAUCUAUAUUUUCUUGUGCCCGCAAUUUAUGGCAGAUGGCGUAACAGGGUAUUUUUUGAACAGAUAUGAAUAAAUUGGGCUAUACUGCAUUAAUGUCAAUAUUUGUAAUAAUUGGUUAGUUUAAGUAAACAUUUCAUUACUGGAUGCCAGGGAGAAGUGCUCUGCAUGGCUCUCUCUCCCUCUCUCUCUCUCCCUCUCCCUGUAGUAAAAUGGAUUUCACUCUGUGGUUAACGACCAGAGAUGCCUCUGCCUAUACACCCACGGUUCCACGGCCACUAGGGGGUCCCCAACCCAAAAACGAAAAAAACGUAGGAACUCAGUCGGGGUUUCAACUUACUGUUGAGGGUUACAAAGUAGAAUACACAAGUUGCAAUUUAGAAAUAUGGUCAUGUAUUGCAGUUUGCCACAUGCCAUGUCAGUCACUGACAGUCACUCAGUUAGCCCAGCUAUAUCAGCUCAAUUCUUUAGAUUGCUGGGAAAGGUAGUCUACCCAGCUAUCUAAACCCUGUAGUAAUCAUCACCAAAUUACAGACUGGGCACGGAGUGUGCCGAAGAGCCCUGUCCUCCAGGGGGCCCCCCCAUUUGAUUUUGUUAGUCUCACUCACUCAGAUAUCAUAUAUCAUAUGAACAUGACAUAAGGCUUGGCAAAAUGUGUAGAAUUGCAAGAAAUUAGCUUUAAAACGGCAAAAUGUUCUCUUCACCUCAGAGAUAAUGUUGCAGUUUUUUUCAUUCAUUUCAUGCAAUUCUACUCCUUUUGCCAUGGGGCAGAGAGAAAAUUGUUCAGGUUCAAAGGUAAUAUCCUUCAAUUCUACACAUUUAGUCAUGUUUGCAGUUUUUAAUAGGAUAUCUGAGUGAGAGUGACUAACAAAAUCAAUGGGGCCCCAUGGUCGGUAAUUCAACCAUGAUUACUACAAGUUUAGAUCGCUGGCUCGAAAUAGUUUACCAAUCUAAAAAACUUUAGCUGACGUGGGAUAAUUGAGUGACUGUAAGAGACAAACUGCUGAUGCACAACCACAUUCUCUAAAUUGCACCUGGUGUAUUCUGCUAUUCUAACUCUCAACAGUAGGUUUGAGUUCCUCCAUUGUUUUAUGAUAUAUUAGCCGAGCUGACUGUGGCUCUAGUAAAUCCAUUGCAAUUUUGCCAAAACAUGAUUACAAGGAAACUAGGAUUGUCAGGGCAAGGAUGCGUAUUAGUUAUACUACAUGUGUACAUUUUACAUGUUGCUUGGAUUGCCAUCAAAAGGAUGAUAAAAUAAGAUUGUUGAAAAAACACAGGUUUUCUGCAUCAGUUGUCUAAGAACCGUAAGAGUAGGGCUUAGAGGAGGUGAACAACAUUGUGUACAUAAGAGUAUUGACCUUCUGCAAAGUACUGGUAUGUCAUGUUUGCUGAGAUAUUACUCAGAAUUAUUUUCUGCAAAGACCAUGAAUGUUAUACCACAUGAUUGUGGUAUAGUGUUGCAUCAAUUGUUGCAUCAUGUGAAUGUAAUUUCCCUCUGUCUUUUACAGUAUGCUGUUUUUGUGUGUGUUCAUUCGUCAAGGCAAUCAACCAAAGCCUUCUCUGAUGUAAGUUAUACAGCUAUGUUGUCCAUGUAAACGUUAACUCAAGGUAUGAGUUCUGUGGUAGAUAACGUAAAUGCUCCAGUCUGGGAUGCUAUACACACAUCCAUCCGGCAUACCAAACUGACCCAGACCGUGAUUUCAGGUGCUUGGUGUAGAUAUGAAAGAAAGACAGGAAAUGAAUGCUGAUUAGCUUGGCUUUUUCCUCAGAAGUGUUUUCACUGAGAAGGUAACAUUGUUUAGACUUGAGGUCACAUAAGAACAAGACCUUGGCUCCAACAUUGAAAUAUUUUGUGUUUAGUAAAAAAUGAUUCCCAAAGGUUAUAUCUACUUUAAGGUUAUUCCCUGAUCACCUAAGAGAUUUCAGAUGACGUCAUGUAUUUGCCAUGUAAAAUACUGCCAGGAUUGUGUGUGUUUUUUGGGGGGCAUGUUUGUCAUUGAUGUACAGUAGUCAAUCAAAAUGUUAAGUGCCUAAUACUUGCUAUUUAAUCGUAAUUAUUUAUUCCACAUCCUAUUGCCAGGUAUGCUUCCCAAAUGGCACACUAUUCCCUACGUAGUGCAACAGUUUUGACCAGCUCUGUUCAAAAGUAGUGCACAAAAUAGGAAUAGGGUGUAAUUUAGGGCGUAACCUAUGUGUAUAUUAAAUGCCAUAGCUUUCAUGAACAUUAGUGAUGUAUCCCUGUAUUGAUUAGCCUGAAUGUCUGUCUGUCUGUGUUUUCAUGUCAACUCCUUGUCACUCAUUGUCAGGCUAAGUGCCAUACGCAUUGUUGUUGGUUUAACAUGGACAGCCAUGGAGUUGGCAAGAGCACAAACAGAUUUGGGACUAGGCUACAAGGCUGUAUGUCCUUAUGAGAACAAAAUGUUUGCCUUUAUGGUCAAAUAUAUCUUUCCAUUAGCUGCGUUCUCACCGCUAUACCCUCCCACCAUGGGGGGACAUUUUAUAAGGUUGCAUAAAAACAUUUUUAUAUAUUAGCAACAUGCUAUUGAAUGAUGCUUUGUUUAAUGUCUGGGUACAUGUAUGUCAUGAGAUCAUGAUGAGUAAACAAUACAGCACCUUCUAUGACUCAUUUCGUCAUUGAUGAGACUUGCCCAUGAACUCAUUUUGAAGGGCACCACCAUGGUCGUUUCCAAUGCUAAUACCAAUGACUAUUAAUUAGGUAGAUAGAAGAAUCCCUAAACACAAAUGGAGAGAGAAAAAAAGUUAGAGGAAAGCUAAUACAAUCAAGGAGACCCCACUACAGGUAUAUUUGUUACAGCCUAUGUUUUGCUGUUAGUGAUUAAACCUUGUCCUUUCUGCUGGUUCAUAGACUCUGUUAAGAGCUCUGGGUUACUUACCAUAAAUGUCCCAAAUCACCCUAUUCCCUACAUAGUGCACUACGUUUGACCAGGACCACUAGGCUCUGGUCAAAAGUAGUGCACUAUGCAGGUAAUAGGGUGCCAAUUGGGACGCAAGCCAGGAUGCGAGGACGCUAGCUGAACGUGUUGCUGAUCCGGAGACGGGGAGCUGUGGUGAUCUGAGCUGACAGAGCUGCUCUGGGGCGGAGGCAGCAGCACCAAUUGGAAGAGAAGAAGCUGUCCAAGAAAGAACCACUGAUUCACACUGGAUUCACUCUAUUUCUCUACACAUCCUGAUUGUCAAAUUAUACCCUGUUCUAGCAUUUGGCAUAUGAGAGGAUGGGCUAUGGGAAUUGUGAAUGAGUGGGUUUAAUCACUCUUCAAAAUGAGAAUCUGUUCAUUACUAUCUUGUCAAAAUAUCUGUAUCCAAACUUCUAAGAAUGAGAGGCUUCAGGCUAAUGGCGUUCCUACGCAUAGAUUUGAGCCCUAGAUGGAGAUCUAACAGUUGUUUCGUUAUACUUCUUUCUCAAAGCUGGUAAGAAACCUCCUCCUUACAGCUUGCGUGAACCUCCCACAUUACUGGCUACACUAAUGGAUUGUUUUGAGCAGCAGAGACCACACAAGGCUCCUCUGGAAUGAUUGCAAACAAAUGCGAGUGAGCAUAUGAGGGAUGUGACAAAUACCAUCACUCAAGCUUAUCUGCACUAGAGGUAAAAUGUUACAUGGAUUAUGUUGCCAUCAAUAAGCAUGCUUUAUUUCAUUCUCUCAAACUACACUGAAAAAUAUGUAAAGUGUAACAUGUAAAGUGUUGGUCCCGUGUUUCAUGAGCUGUAAAAAAAUACAAAAAUAAAUU